UGUUGUCUGGAAGCUUUCAUAGUGUUACAGACGCGUUAUCAAUCACCAUUAUAAAGUGGCUGAAAAGUCUAUAUUAAGAACGCAGCAUUAAGAGAAUAAAUUAUUUAUAUUUUUCAGCCGAAGACAGAUUAUCAAUCACAAAAUCCAAUAAUGCAUCCAUUGCAAACUAAUCAACCAGAACCGAGUUUGUUACCUCAAGACAAUUUCUAUCAAGAAUCUCCUGCAGUUUAUAAUCCGCAAUUCAGGCAAGGUGUAUCAAAUCCGGUACCACUUAACAAACCAGUUGAAUCAUCACAAUCUGUAAUGCCUGCAAGAGUUGCGGAACCUGAGAAACCUAAAGCACCUAUACCCGAGCAACAUAUGCAUUUAAAAACGAUUUUGGAUGAAUUAAAAAAUCAAUGCUAUGAAAAUGCAAAGAAUCCGCAAAUCAAAAGAAAGAUAGAAGAUGUGUCAAAAAAACUGGAAGUACUAUAUGAUUGCCUUAGAGAAAAUAAGUUAUCUCAGAAUACAUUGCAAGGCUUACAUCAAAUAUCACAGAUGAUUCAAAAUGGCAAUUAUACAGGCGGACUAGACUUACAUACACAAUUAGUAUCAGGACCAGAUUUUAGUCAAAUAGCUUCCUUUAUGCCUGGGAUAAAAGUAUUACUGUUAAGUGCUCUUCAAUUGAGCGUUUACAUUAGAUAGAAUGCCUAAAAAUCUAAAUUGUUCAUAUAUAUUCAGUAUGAAUUUUUAUAAUUGCGAACAGUC